UCCGCAGAAGUAUUUCUGAUGAGUAAUCGUUUGAUUUUGUUUUUGUGUAUGUUUGAUAUCCUGCGAUGAAACAAGCAUUUAAAACGAAAGAAGUGUUCAAGAGCUCAAAAAAUAUAUUUAAAAAGCUUCGAUUGUAGCGAUACAUGUUUUUUAAUUGAGUGGCGUAUCAAUUUGUAUAGUGUUAAAGUUCAGCCCCUUCCCAAUUAUUAACAUCUAUAAUUUAAAAUAUUGGUUUUUACAAACAAAAAAACUGUUUAUUAUAAAUUAGUUUUGUUUUAAUUUUAUACCUUUGUGCGUAUACUACCGUAAAACCGGAGAAAAUGAAUCGGAUUGAACGGCAAAAAAUUGAUAAUCAGAUGGACCAGUUGAUUCAAAACACCAAUUAUAGAACUUUGCUUAACGAGUGUUGCAAUCAUCAGCUUUUGUCGGAGGUGAUGGCUGAUAUUAUUGAGAAACGUUUUCCGGACGAAGGCACGAAACACAGAAAAUUGUUCGAAAAAAUUACCAAACGGGGACCGACAGCAUUUCAAAAGCUUUUGGACAUUUGUCAACUGAAUUUUCCAGCAGCAUACGCAUUACUGAUCUCCGGAAAUGGACACAACUAUAAUAAUAGCAGCAAUCAAGACAAGUUCCGCUCUACAUUCAACAUCAAACGAAACCGUUCAAUCAGUACUACCAACAUGGGCAACACGAGUCGUACAGCGGAGUGCCGGCGAAUGUUUCGAAACCUGUCAGUAGGAUCCCGAUCUGUUUCCGAAGAAGAGGAUUACAAAAACCGUUCAUUCGAUUCCACUGACAAGACUGGGAAAUGUGUGUUGGAAGAAUUUCAGGAAGAUGUACCGGACAAGUACAAAGUGCAGCUUACAGCCAAGCCUCAACCACGUAACCUGCUGGAUGUGUACCCGAUGAAGGGCAGGAAAAGAGGAACCGUGUUCAUAUUGAAUAUUAUAACGUACCUUAAUAACACUCAUCAGGUGCGAAACGGGGCAAGAACUGAUAAGGACAAUCUAGUUUCACUUUUCAGACAGCUUGGUUUCACUGUGCUCUACUAUGAAGAUCUUACCAGAGCCGAAUAUGUGGAUCUAAUAAAUAAAUUGAAAAACUCGGAUUUCCUCUCAUCUGAAUGCUUCGCAUUCUAUGUUUUGGCUCAUGGUAACCACACCAAGGGUUGUGAUAAAAUAUAUCUGCAUGACAACUCCGUUCUGUUUGUGGAAGAAAUUUUAAAGGACUUCAAUAACCAAAACUGCCGUAAAUUGAUUAGGAAGCCCAAGCUGUUUUUCUUUUCCAUUUGCAGAGGAGAUCAAGCGGAUCAAGGAACCCUGCGGUCAGCAGAGCAAACUGAGCGCGAUGGAAUGAUAAACCCGAAAACCGUCCCUCCCACGAACAUGCCAACGUUUGCUGAUAUGUUUAUCUGCUUCUCAACCGUUCCGGGAUUCGCGGCACAUAGAGACCAGCUGAACGGGUCGUGGUUUGUUGAAAGCAUGUGCGAAGUUUGGGCGAAACAUGCGCACGACACUGACGUAGAGCGAUUAAUGAAACAGGUUGGCAAACAAGCCAGUACCUAUAGAACUGAGGUGAACAAUGCUCUACAAACGUUAGCCAGCGAACAACGGGGAUUCUUCGAUUUACUUUAUUUAAAUCCAGGAUACGUUGACGACUGAAUGUGUGGAAAUAUUUUACAAUAACUUUAUCAGCUAUUAUUUAGUUAAACAUGUAUACUUGAUUUUUUAUGUUUUUUUUUUUUCGAGCUAUUGCGUAAUAAUAAAUGUUCAAACAAUA